UCCUUCUCCGUUCCCUGCUGAACCUGGGGCAGGCCAAGAACACCAAACCAAAUCUCCUCCUCUUCUUCUUCCCUUCUUCACAUAGUUCAGGCGAAGAAUGGAAGCGUAAUUGAUCCAUUUUCCCCAAUGGAACCCAACAUUUUGACUUACAAUCGCACCUUUCCUCUCCUCCCGCCCUCGUCUCCUUUCUCUCGUUCAUGCCUUCCUCUCCCUCCCACUUUUCUCCGAUCCAAGCCUCGUCGAUUCCUGCUCCGUUGCGGCGUCAGACCUGUCGCCGCGCUGCUCCCGCCGCUAAAUCCAUCCGUUCGUUCGUCUACAACCGCCCCUACCCUUCAAUCGGAGGAGAAGCUCCAGAAUUUAUCGAGAUUAUACGAUGCUCUCCUGUGUAGGAUCGGAAAGCCGCUAGCUUUCUUGUUCUUCUGUGCUGCUAUUGGCUUCCUUCCUGUCCCGACGGCCGGAAUCCAUGCUUUUGCGGCAACUGCUACUGUGGAGUUGAAGGAGAGAAGGAAAACGGCGAGAGAACAGAAAGGUGCGACUUUCAAGGACCAUGAGUUUUCUCAAUAUACCAGAAGGCUGCUCGCAGCUGUUUCUGGCCUCCUUCACAGAAUUGAGGAGGUGGAAUCCUCAAAAGGAGACAUGGCCACCGUCCAGGAGGCUUUGAAGGUUGUGAAGGAGAAGAGGAGGGAGGUUCAAGAAGAGGUUAUUAGGAAGCUUAAUAUGGAGUUGGAGAAGUUGCAGAGGGAAAAGGCGAAGCUGACGAAGCAGUCUGAGGAUGUUAUGAACUCUGCUUUAGCAGAUAAGAAGAAGCUGGACGCUUGGUUGAAAAAAGGAGGCAGUGGUACUCGUAAGAGGGGAAAUGUGCAGGCCCUGGAGAACAGCUUGGAUGCUGCUGAGAAUGAAUACAGUGAUCUUUCUGAGAAGAUUUCUGACAUUGAUGAUAGGAUUUCGAGGUGGGAAACAUUGACUUACAGCAUUGCUAUUAGGGAGCUUUCUUUCAUUGAAAGGGAGUGUGAACUCUUAGUGGAGAGGUUUGGGCGUCGGUUAACACAGGACAGUGCUGAAAGUUAUUGCAACAUGACACAUAGGCUUUCAAGAAAUGACAUCAGGAGAGAUCUAGAAACUGCACAAAAUGACUACUGGGAGCAAAUGUUAUUACCAAAAGUUUUGGAAGAUGAAGAUCCUGAAAUUUAUUCCGAAACUGACACUGUAGGUUUUGUUUCUAAUAUAAGAGAAGCUCUAAGAGAAUCCAGACAGAUGCAAGAGAAUAUGGAAUCUCAAUUAAGACGAAAGCUAAAGAAGUUUGGUGAUGAAAAACGUUUCCUUGUUAGGACUUCCGAGGAUGAGGUUUUAAAGGGUUUUCCAGAAGUAGAAUUGAAAUGGAUGUUCGGUCAGAGAGAAUUUGUUGUUCCUAAAGCUGUCAGUCUUCAAUUAUUCCACGGAUGGAAGAAGUGGCGUGAGCAAGCCAAAGAAAAUUUGAAAAAAGAUUUACUACAAAAUAUUGACCGUGGUCGACAAUAUAUGGAUAAAAGAAAGGGCCGUAUCAUCGUAGACCGUGAGAGAUUGAUGACAAAAACAUGGUAUAAUGAGGAAAGGAAUAGGUGGGAAAUGGAUCCUGUGGCCGUUCCUUUUGCUAUUUCUAAGAAUUUGAUUAAAAGAGCUCAAAUUCGACAUGAUUGCAGUGUCAUGUAUCUUACACUGAAAGCCGAAGAUAGAGUCUAUUUUGUUGACCUCAAGGAGUUUGAUUUACUUUUUGAAGAGUCUGGAGGUUUUGAUGGUCUUUAUGUGAAAAUGCUCGCUUCUGGAAUUCCAACUGCUGUUCAGUUGAUGUGGAUCCCAUUCUCAGAGUUGGACAUCCGACAGCAGUUUCUUCUAUUAAUAAAGCUUUCCUCCCAGUGUCUAGUUGGUUUAUGGAAGUCACCCAUUUUAGGCUAUAUAAGAGAACGAGCUUACACAAAUACAAGAAAUAUAAUCGAUGAUCUAAUGAUCAUCAUGGGCUUUCCUCUUAUUGAGUUUAUCAUUCCAAGACAGGUGAGAAUGAGUUUAGGCAUGGCCUGGCCGGAAGAAAGUUAUCAAGCUGUUGGUGAUACAUGGUACCUUAAAUGGCAGUCGGAAGCGGAGAUAAAUCACAGAGCUAGAGCAGUGAAUAAUAUUUGGUGGUACUUUUGGUUUUUGAUCAGAAGUGCCGUAUUUGGAUAUCUUUUGUUUAAUGUAUUUUUCUUUUUGAAGAGGAAAAUACCAAGGUUUCUUGGAUAUGGGCCAUUACGUAGAGACCCUAACUUGAAGAAACUUCGUAGAGUGAAAGCUUACUAUAAUUAUGCACGAACCAGAAACAUAAAAAGGAAGAAAGAUGGUGUUGAUCCAAUAACCUCUGCAUUUGAGCAGAUGAAGAGGGUGAAGAAUCCGCCGAUACCCUUGCAGGAUUUUUCUAGUGUGGAAUCUAUGAGAGAGGAAAUCAAUGACAUUGUAACAUGCUUGCGCAAUCCCCGUGCUUUCCAGGAAAAGGGAGCUCGUGCUCCGAGGGGAGUUCUUAUUGUUGGUGAAAGAGGUACAGGGAAGACUUCACUUGCUUUAGCUAUAGCUGCAGAAGCAAGGGUUCCAGUUGUGGAGCUUAAAUCCCGUGAUCUGGAAGCUGGACUAUGGGUUGGUCAAAGUGCAUCAAAUAUCAGGGAGUUGUUCCACACUGCAAGGGAUCUGGCACCGGUCAUUAUUUUUGUGGAGGACUUUGACCAAUUUGCUGGUGUUAGAGGCAAAUUUAUUCACACGCAAAAGCAAGACCAUGAAGCAUUUAUUAACCAACUUUUAGUUGAGUUGGAUGGCUUUGAAAAGCAAGAUGGAGUUGUUCUAAUAGCCACGACUACCAAACUUAAUAAAAUUGAUGAGGCUUUGCGAAGGCCUGGACGUAUGGAUAGGGUGCUACAACUUCAACGGCCAACUCAGAUGGAAAGGGAAAAAAUAUUAUGUUUUGCUGCUAAAGAUACUAUGGAUGAUGAGCUUAUUGAUUUUGUUGACUGGAAGAAGGUUGCUGAGAAGACUGCUUUGCUAAGGCCAACAGAAUUGAAGCUUGUGCCUUUAGCACUUGAAGCUAGUGCAUUCCGCAACAAAGUUCUUGAUGCUGAUGAGCUGAUAUCCUAUUGUAGUUGGUUUGCGAGCUUGAGUGAAUUUGUUCCUACAUGGUUGAGACUGACAACAGGUUUUAGAAGGAUAAGCAAAUCUCUAGUUGAUCAUUUAGGAUUGACAUUGACAAAGGAGGAUAUGGAAUCAGUUGUUGAUUUAAUGGAACCUUAUGGUCAGAUAAGUAAUGGCAUCGAGUUAUAUAGCCCUCCACUUGAUUGGACAAGGGAGACAAAAUUUCCACAUGCUGUCUGGGCAGCUGGUCGUUCUCUUAUUACACUUCUUCUACCCAAUUUUGAUGUAGUUGAAAAUGUAUGGUUGGAGCCUACUGCUUGGGAGGGGAUUGGAUGUACAAAGAUUACAAAAGCAAAGAACGAAGGUUCUUCGAAUGGAAAUCUGGAAUCAAGGUCAUAUCUGGAGAAAAAACUUGUAUUUUGUUUUGGUUCACAUGUUGCAUCGCAAAUGCUGCUUCCUUUUGGGGAAGAAAAUCUCUUGUCAAUACCGGAACUCAAGCAAGCGCAAGAGAUUUGUACGCAGAUGGUAAUUCAAUAUGGAUGGAGUCCCAAUGACAGUCCUGCCAUUUAUAUCACCAGAAAAGAAGUUGGAGGCCUCAGUAUGGGAAACAACCAUCAGCUUGAGCUGGCAGAAAAAAUUGAGCAGAUUUAUGAUUUGGCAUAUGAUAAGGCCAAAGAAAUGCUUUGGAAGAAUCACAAAUUGCUUGAGACAAUUGUGGAACAGUUGCUUAUACAUGAGAACUUGACAGGAGAGGAUUUACAAAAGAUUUUCAAGGACAAUGGUGGCAUUCAGGAAAAAGAGCCGUUCUUCUUAUCUAAACAGAUUCUUAAAGAGAUUAAACCAGGAAAGUAUCUCGAUGAACGUGAGAAUGCACAAGUUCUGGACCUUUUGGAGCUUCGCGUAUAACUUGGCCAACCAUUUGAAUCUGCUAACUCUCCAUUCCAGGAGAAUCAAGUGCUGACUUGAAAUCCUAAUGUAUUGUGCUAAGCCAUUUUCUUUUGAGGAAGGUUAUUUUCCAUGGCCUUGUUGGUUAUUGGUAAUGCUGAGAAUUACCUGCUGGAGUCUAUCGGCCAUCAGAUCUUCACAGAUACCUACUAGACAAUCAGUCGCGGUGAUACUGACUCAUGAGACGACACCAGAUAUAGCUUGAGAAAGUUUCGGUUCACUUGUAUGAUCAGCAAUAUGGCAAUGCUAUCGAAUACCUCUCAUCUAUUCUUCUCAGUUUGAGCUGACGAGUUCUUAUCCUUGAACUCUUUCAUUUCUUGUGCUAGUGAAGGAUUCUCAAGGAGGUUUCCUACCUUCUGCCAUAAAUCUUGAGAAUCUUUAUAAUCACCUAUUUUACACCAGACAUGUUUACACAAAACAUCAAUCAAUAAAUUGAUUAUCCUAUUAUUUGCUUGAA